CUCCUCCUCCUUCAUGCCUUCUCCUGCAUUAUUCUCGUGUUCACUUUGUGGCGUCCUCCCCGUCUUUGUGCCACAAAAACUUGAAGCUUCAACGACAUAUGUGCCCUCUGCAGGUAUCGCAAUGAACAAAGCUCCCGGGUAGCUGCUCGAUGACACACAAGCACAACCUUCGAUGAGUUAUCACGAGCAUAGCUAUCGUUACAUCCUGGUCACUAGCUCUGAAGCUUACCGCUACCUGCUCCAACAGGUAAGGAUUGACCACUUGCUCCACGCCGUCCUGGGGCGAAUAAGCAACAUCAAGCAAUUCCUACGAGUCUCGCCUAUUGAUGGCCUGCCUCUUGUGCACAAUCAAGAUCCUGGCUCGCAAUGCAACCUUCCUAUCUGAAUGCGCUAUGUACGUCACUCGAGCAGGUAGCAAGUCGGGGAAAAUGAUAGCUUCAGAAUCGUUGACCGGUCGACAUUUAAAGGCUGCCCGUCGCUUGCGUGCUUCUUCUUUCCUGCUCACUUUGGCUGACUCGUUGACAAAAUGCGCGUCGAAACACUCCUGGCAGCAUGCUUUGCAGCCGGCGCUUUUGCUGUGUCAAACCCCCACAAGCGCGCGCCUAAGAAGGCAGUGGCCCGCAGCACACCAGAGACGCUGCCUUUGACAAAGCGUGAAACAUCCAGCUAUCUGACUCCGAAAACGAAGAAAUUCGCCGUCAAUGGCACUGGAAUUCCUCUCGUGAACUUCGACAUUGGCGAGUCAUAUGCCGGCACGUUGUCAAUCAACAACAAUGCUUCCAACGAGAAUCAGCUGUUCUUCUGGUUCUUCCCGUCUGAUAACCCCGCGGCGUCUGACGAGAUCACCAUUUGGUUAAACGGAGGACCGGGCUGUAGCUCUCUGGAUGGAUUGCUUCAAGAGCAUGGCCCCUUUCUCUGGCAGAGCGGCACUUACGCUCCUCAACCCAACCCGUUCUCGUGGACCAACCUCACCAAUAUGAUCUACAUUGAUCAGCCGAUCGGGACUGGUCUCUCACCGGCGGCAAAAGGUGCCCCGGCCAAGAUCAAGAAUGAGGCAGAUGUCGCCAAACAAUUUGCGGGCUUCUGGAAGAACUUCAUGACGACUUUCAACAUGACAGGAAGCAAGGUCUACAUUACUGGCGAGUCCUACGCUGGCCAAUAUAUUCCGUACAUCGCAAGCUAUAUGCUGGACCAGAACGACACGGACUACUACAAUGUCAAGGGUAUCCAGAUUAACGACCCGAGUAUCGGACUCGAUGAGGUCCUGAUUUAUGCGCCGGCCGUGACGGCGCUGAACUACUUCGCCCCAGUCUUCGCCCUCAACGACACGUUCAUGACGCAGAUCAACCAACGGGCAGAUCAGUGCGGCUACUUCGAUUUCAUGGAAGAAGCGUUGACGUUCCCACCCAAGGGCAAAUUCACUGCGCCAAACGUGACUGCACCAGGUUGCGAAGUCUGGGACGACAUUGUCACGGCCGCGAUCUAUGUGAAUCCGUGCUUCAACAUCUACCACCUCACAGACUACUGCCCUUUCCUCUGGGAUGAAUUAGGCUUCCCGUCUUUGGGCGAUGGACCAAACAACUACUUCAAUCGCUCCGACGUGCAAAAGGCCCUCCACGCCCCUCCCACCGACUACACGAUCUGCGGCGACCCAACCCUCUUCGAAGAAGGUGACCCCUCACCCCCUUCUAGUUUCGAAGCUCUUCCGUCUGUCAUUGAACGCACCAACAACGUCAUCGUCGGCAGCGGCCUACUCGACUACCUCCUUCUCACCAAUGGAACGCUUAUGGCGCUGAACAACAUGACAUGGAACGGCAAACAGGGCUUCUCCCAAGAUCCCAUGAACAGCGCCGACUUCUUUACCCCGUACAACCCGUCCAUCGGAUUCGUCAUCGAGGAGACGGAGAAUCAGCCCAUCCCGGCAACGCCUGUCGGUCUGGUCGGCGGUGGUGGCCUGCUGGGCAAGACGCACACCGAGCGCGGUCUGACCUGGGUCACGGUGGAUCUGGCCGGGCACGAGAUUCCGCAGUAUGUGCCCGGUGCUGCCUACAGACAGCUCGAGUUCCUCCUCGGUCGCAUCAAGAGUCUCAGUCAAAUAGGCGAUUUCACGACGCAGCAUGGCAACUAUACCGGAACUGUGCCGCCGAAUCCGUACUAUGGACCGACGGCCACUGCCUCUGCGGCCAAGCAGUUCUGGGCUUGAGAGAGCAACUCGGGACCUACUACAUAAGUACUAUUAUCCUGAGGUUAAAUCACCUCGGUAUGCUAAAUAUGAGUGGCCUGGCCUACAGUAUAAAUCAAGAUAAAUCUAAUGAUGAAAAGAACCACGACUUGGCAAUUGUCAAC